CAUCAAGCUGUUUUAAACGUACUAUACGUGGGGGUUUAAGGCAAGUUCAAUAAAUGGAGUGUUUUUUUAAUGUGUAGAAAUGGCGACAAAUAUUUGGGCGUUUACCCAAAAAUUGUCCAAGCAACACACCUCGGAAUCCCGUAAAAACGUUUCGUGUUAUUCAUCAAAAAGUUGUUUAGUUUCACCAAGUGCAGGGAAUUGGACUUAUGAUGUGGUUGAACCAUUUGAUUACGAAGAGUUUUUACUUCAAUAUCAAAUUUUAAUUGAAAGGGAACCUUUAAGAGGAAUUUUAGAUUUUCCACCCAAUGAUGUUGAUAUUAAAUAUAUCGAGAGGCCAAUACGUACAUUGCAACCUAUUAUUCCAGAAGAAAAACUUGAUGUUUUGUCCCCACAUGUUAAAGCAUGUAUUCGUUGCUACACAUCAGAUUGGAAAAUCGUUAAAUAUCAAAAUAGGAAUUACAGCAGUACUAUUGGACCAAGGGUGAAUUUGCCAUUAAAUCUUAGUGUUAAACAAGAAUUUGAAGAUGAUUAUCAAGGUGGUCCAACUGAAUCAAACAGUGAAGUUGAUAUACAAUCAAUAUCAAGUAGUGAACGACAAAGUGUGAUUUCAAUGGGAUCAAGUGUAUCAUCAUGUGGAGAUACUUUAACCCCGAGGAAUUCUUGGGCUUCUUUGGAUUUAAGACAUUUAGCUGGGGAUCCAUUAAUUACAGAAAUUUUGGAACAUUUUUCACCAGAAAUUUUAGACCAACUGAAUGAAUCUCGCCGACAAGUAGAGAGACAAGAAUCUCUUUUCGUUUUAAGCCCACCUAACGAAGAUACAGAGCCAAUUGAGCGCAGACUUCCUGCUUUACCACCUUCUGAACAUGUUGGGCACAGAAUCCUAGUGAAAUGUCUUCAAUUAACUUUGGAAUUGGAAGUUGAACCUCUUUUUGCUUCGAUGGCUCUUUAUGACGCAAAAGAACGUAAAAAAGUUUCCGAAACAUUUUAUUUCGAUUUAAAUCCAGAAAGUUUAAAAAGAAUGCUUGGCGAUCACAUUCCUUAUAGCGAUACUAGUACUUUAGCGAGAGCUUGUGCUUUCGAUGUUUCGUACCCCUCCGCGGAUUUAUUUAUUGUGAUUAGACUUGAAAAAGUGCUUCAAGGUGAUAUUAACGAUUGCAUCGAACCGUAUUUAAAAGACGAUAAAAAUAGGGAAAAAUUAAAAAGUAAUGCCGUUUCCGUUUGUGAGCGAUUAGGAAAAUAUCGCCAACCGUUCGCUUGGACCGCAAUUUAUUUAAUGAACAUUAUUAACGGUGGGAAUUCUUUAGAUAGGGACGAAAAAGAUUAUUGCGGAACAUCAAAUACAAAUAGUUUAGAUCGAAAAACGUCGAGUAGCGGAUUGGAGCAACUUCGAAAACGCGCUUCUGACAUGGGAACUUUAACUCGGAGGGGUUCGUUAGAAAGACGUUCGGAGAAACGUCGAUCGUGGUCCCCGGAUCAUUUGGCGAAUAGUUUGGAUAAUUUUCGCCCGAUUACUUUGACGAUGUCAUCGUUUUUUAAACAAGAGCCCGAAAAAAUGAAAGACGAAGAUCUUUACAAAUGCCUCUUAGAAUUUAAAAAACCGAAUUUAAUUUUUAAAAAAUUAAAAUGUAUUCCUGCAACGCUAAAAUUAGAUAUCUCACCAAUGCCGGUUGAUACCAAAAAUUGUUUAACACCCGAAUUAAUGAAAUUACAUCCUUACAUGGAUGAUAAAUGUCGACCUGUUAAAGAAUUGCUCGAGUUUCCGGUUAAAGAAAUUUUAACUCCUCAUUAUGUGUAUCGAAAUUUAUUAUUUGUAAAUCCUAAAGAGUUAAAUUUUUCAAAUCGAACUGGUUCGGCUAGAAAUUUAACGGUGAAAGUGCAAUUAAUGGCCGGGGAGGAAAUUGGAAACGCUUUAAAUAGCAUUUUUGGAAAAUCUAGUUGCCCCGAAAUGGCUAAUGAAGCUUACACGACCGUUACAUACCAUAAUAAAUGCCCAUCAUUUUACGAUGAAAUCAAAAUAAAACUACCAGCCGCUUUAGAAGAUAAACACCAUUUAUUAUUCACAUUUUAUCACAUUUCUUGUCAAAAGAAAUUGGAACAACCCACCGUUGAUACCCCUGUUGGUUACACUUGGUUACCUUUAUUACGAGAUGGUCGACUCGUUUCUGGAGAAUUUUCUUUACCAAUUAUGUUGGAUCAACUCCCUGCAAAUUAUAGUUAUAUCCCACCUGAUGUUUGUUUACCAUCAACGCGUUGGUUAGAUAACCAUAAAGGAUUAUUUACGGUCGUUUUAGACACAACAUCUUCAAUUCACACUCAAGAUCCUGCAAUUGAACGAUUCUUCUCAGCUUACGAUUACGUGUACGCAGGAUGUAUUCCAAGUAGAUUAGGCGAAAGCGGUGUUGAAGCUGAAUUACGAUCGUCAAUGAUCGGUUUAGAAAACGCACAACCCGAAGCGAUUAUAAGAAACUUAACUGUUAUUUUAGACAGUAUCAUUCAAUUAUUAGUACAACCACCGAAAGUAAGUGGACACAUUUUGAACGUAAGAAAUACAAGCUUUGAAGCGUUAUGUCUCUUAUUGGAUAAAAUUUCAAAUACAGUUAAUUUACAAAAAGAUUCCCAUGGAAGAGAUUAUUUAUUAGCUACUUACAUUCAUUAUCAAUGUUAUUUACCACAUCCUUUAAAUGAAGAAUUAAAUGAAACUUCCAAUUUAAUGCGUUCAUCUUCUAAUCCUGAUUUAGAAGUGUCACAUUAUAAUUCGAGAACGUUAGAUCGAGCUUCGAGUAUGCGUGCGACUACGAAUGAUGAACACAGUAUUUAUGCGAUUGCUUAUCAAAGAAUUGUGCAUCAAGAAUUGAUUUCGCACUGGGUAAUUGCAGAUACUCGUACUAAAGAACUUUCAAUGAAGAAUGCGUGGUUUUUAUUUGAAUUGAUCGUAAAAAGUAUGAUUGAACAUCUUAAUUACACAAGGAGUUUAAAUAUGGCGCGAAAAAUACGAUUCCCCGAACAAUUUCUCGACGAUAUAAUGACACUUUUGCAAUCGGUUAUUUCAGAAAUUAUAUCUUAUUCAAUGGAGAAUAAUAGAAAAGCUAAUAAAUUAAACGACGCUUUAGCGUUUUUCAUUUUUGAUUUAUUUUCGAUUUGUGAUCGCGGAUUUGUCAUGCAACUAAUAAGGCUGUAUAUAAAACAAACUCAAUCGAAAAUAUCAUCAAUUCAAGAUCCAUCGAUUUUAAUUACAUUGAAAUUAGAAUUUGUACGAAUAAUUUGUAGCCACGAAUAUUACGUACCUUUAAAUUUACCUUUUGCGACUCCUUUUAUGUCUUUGAGUGGUGCUAGCGUUUCGCCCAGUCCAAGUGUAACUAGUUCAACGAGUCAAAAUUCGUUUUUAUCCGGUGCUCCGGCUAGUCAAGAAAGAGCGAGUACUUUCGCUGAAUUAACCACGGAAUAUCGUCAACAUCAUUAUUUAACCGGAUUAAUUUUAACCGAUUUAGUGGCGGUUCUUUCUGAACCUUGUCAUUCUGGGUUGCAUCAAAAAGCGGUUGAUAUUUUGAGAUAUUUGAUGUAUUGGCAUGAUACAGAUCCGAGGUAUUCAUCGCCUGAUGCUAAAAAACGCGUCGCAGCGCUUUAUUUACCUUUAUUGAACAUCGCCAUGGACGUUUUACCUUUAAUGGAUGUAACUGAUAAGAAUGAUAAAUAUUUAUUUGAAGAGGGUACAUUAACAUCAACGAAAAGUCACUCGGUUACUAUAACAGCUAUUAAUAGUGAAGUAACAAAAACUUUUCUUACUUGCGUUUUGUGGCUAUUAAAAAAUAUCGAUCAAGAAUCUCUUUCGCAAUGGUUAGGUGAGUUAAGAGCACCUCGUUUAGCGAUUAUGUUGCAAUUAUUGGACGCUUGCGCUAAUUGUUUUGAAUACAAACCUCAUAAAAGAACUCAACCGGCCGGUUAUGUACAACAACAAGUAGUCGAUGUUAAAUCUCGUUUAGAAGAUAUGAUUUUGGGGCAGGGAUCCGCGAGGGAAAUGAUGCAAAAACGUAAAAGUAAUAAUCAACAAAACACCGAAAAAUUACGUUGGAAGAAAGCGAAUCGUUUGGGGAAUGAUUACGUUGAAAAAACGAAAGAGGAUGUUUUAACUGAUUCUCAUUUAGAGGGGAUGUUGGCCACGGAGGCUUCGUUUAUUAUAUUGGAUGCUUUGGAACGAUGCGUUUCAACAAUCGCGCAAUGGGAUUCGCAACAAAAUUUGAUCGGUUUGGCUUUAACCGUUUUAUUACACGCGUUGGGAAAGAAUCAAAGCAUUACGGUUUUACCCCAUAUUUUUGCUUCACAAAGAAGUCUUGUUUAUAAGUUUCAUAGCGCAUUAUUCGACGAUGAAAGUAAUCAUUGCGCAAAAUUAUGUCUACUUCUUUUAAAACAUUGCGGAUCAAAUCUUCCAUCCGUGCGAUCUCAAGCUGCCGCUUCUUUGUAUUUAUUAAUGAGACAAACGUUUCAAAUUGGCAAUAAUUUUGCAAGAGUAAAAAUGCAAGUAACGAUGUCAUUAAGUAAAUUAGUGGGUACUUCAUCAUCAUUUAGCGAUGAUUCCUUAAGAAGAUCAUUAAAAACGAUCUUAGAGUAUGGAGAACGCGAUAAUGAUCUAAUUGAUACAAGUUUUCCCGAACAAGUUCGUGAUCUCGUUUUUAAUCUUCACAUGAUUCUCUCAGACACAGUUAAAAUGAAAGAAUUCCAAGAUGACCCGGAAAUGCUGUUAGAUUUAAUGUAUCGUAUCGCUAAAGGAUAUCAAAAUUCCCCCGAACUCCGAUUAACUUGGCUCGAUAGUAUGGCACAAAAGCAUAAAGAAAGAGGUAAUUUUUGUGAAGCUGGUAUGUGUUGUUUACAUUCCGCAGCUUUGGUAGCUGAAUAUUUAGCAAUGUUAGAACCGUUACCUCAUUUACCCGAUGGGGCCGCUACGUUAGAAAAAGUUAGUCCGAAUGUUCUUGAAGAAAGCGCCGUUUCCGAUGAUGUUUUAAGCCCGGAUCGAGAAGAAGGUUGUUUGGGAUUUUCUGAGGGGCGUUUAAUGAAACUUUUAGAGCAAGCUUCUGGGCAUUUAUAUGCCGGUGCUAUGUAUGAACCUAUGAACGAUAUUUAUAGCGUUUUAAUUCCCAUUGCUGAGAAUAACAGAGAUUUUAAAAAAUUAGCUUAUAUCCAUGGAAAAUUACAUGAUGCGUACACAAAAAUCGAUCAGUUACAUGGAAAAAGACUGUUUGGAACUUAUUUUAGAGUGGGAUUUUAUGGAUUGAAGUUUGGGGAUUUAGAUGGGGAAGAAUUUAUUUAUAAAGAACCUAAUUUAACGAAGCUCCCAGAGAUUUUUAGUCGAUUAGAGAAUUUUUAUGCUGAAAGAUUCGGGUCUGAAAACACCGUAAUAAUAAAAGAUUCCAACAUAGUAGAUAUAAGCAAUUUGGAUCCUGAAAAAGCUUACAUUCAAAUAACUUACGUCGAGCCAUAUUUUGAACCACACGAAUUACGACGAAGACAAACUCAUUUUGACAAAAACUACAAUAUAAAACGAUUUAUGUACGCAACUCCGUUCACUACAACCGGUCGAGCUCAUGGUGAAUUACACGAGCAAUACAAAAGAAAAACUAUUUUAACAACAUCCGUACAUUUUCCUUAUGUAAAAACGAGGAUCCAAGUCGUUCAUAGAACACAAAUCAUUUUAACUCCCAUCGAAGUCGCAAUCGAAGAUAUUCAAAAGAAAACGGCUGAAUUAGCGGCUGCUACUUUACAAGAACCGGCUGAUCCGAAAAUAUUACAGAUGGUUCUUCAAGGUUGUAUUGGCACAACGGUGAAUCAAGGUCCUUUAGAAAUGGCGAUGACAUUUUUACCUUGCGAUGGAAAACCUUUGACUCUACAUCAAAAUAAAUUGAGGCUAUGUUUCAAGGAUUUCUCUAAAAGGUGUAGUGAUGCAUUGAAAAAGAAUAAAAAUUUGAUCGGUUCUGAUCAAAGGGAUUAUCAAAAAGAGCUUGAAAAAAAUUACCGCCAGUUUACCGAAAAAUUACAACCUCUGGUUAAUCCACAAAAUUUAACUAUUAUACCUUCUUCUACAUCUUCUAGUCCUUCGAAAUAUCGUAAUAAUGAAUCUGGUUCUUUGAGAUGGUGAAAA